ACAGCACAGAUCUCCCAGGUCUGGCCUUGCCUGCUGAAGCGUGAAACAUCUGAGGGGGUGGCUUGAAAGAGAGAUCAAAUUCAGAAACAGCCUUGAGAAUAAACUCAUGCCAAGUUAGGAACCCACCUCAAUGGCUUCACCAGCCCCUAGCCAGCUCCUCUUGAGGCCAGCUGUGACUUCAAGCUAACAACAGAAAGUUCGUUCAGAAGACAUGAGGAGAAGCAGCUGCUUGUACCAAAUGAUCACACUUUCUCUGCUACUCUCUACUUUGACACAUGUUACUUUUUCAGCACUUAUCAAAUCACGUAACCCUGCUAGCUGGCCUAAGCCCCCAUGCAAAAUGUACUACCCGACAGAUCCUGACUAUGAAGCAUACUGUCCAGAUGUGGUAGCAUAUGUUUGCGCUACAAAUGGCUUAACCUACAAGAAUGAGUGCUUCUUUUGUAUUGAUCAGUGGGAAUUUGGUCGUCAUAUUGCAUUUGUCAAAUAUGGAAAGUGUGACUAGCAACUAAUGAAACACCUUCACUUGCUUAUUCUUUUCAUUACUUCAUUCUGGAAAUUAUUUCUUUGGAAAUUUGAGACGUUUAAUUUGAAAACUAUAUGUACACUUGUGCUAAAUCCAAAUUUCAAACCAAAUGCAAAACAAACAAAGGAAUCCAAACAAUGGGGGAAAUGUCAUAUUUUUUGCAAAUAAACAUUUUAAUAAAUGAAA